CCAAUCACCACUAGUAUGCUUAACAAGAAGUUUUGUCCAACUCGCGCCAACUGGAAACUGACCGCUACUCUGAUUGCAAGCAUGAAGGCAGUUUGUGUCAUGACCGGUACAGCUGGUGUGAAAGGAGUUGUCAGGUUUUCUCAGGAUACACCUGACGCUCCCGUAAGUAUUCACGCUGAGUUCAGUGGAUUGAAGCCUGGAAAGCAUGGAUUUCAUGUUCACGAGUUUGGUGAUACAACAAACGGAUGCACAUCAGCUGGAGCUCACUUUAACCCAACUAAUCAAGAACAUGGAGCUCCAGGAGAUGCUAUACGCCAUGUUGGUGAUCUGGGGAAUGUUACCGCUGACAAUAAUGGAAAUGCAGUGUAUGAUGCAACUGAUAAAUUACUUUCUCUUAACGGUGCGCAUUCCAUUAUUGGGAGGACUAUGGUUGUUCACGAGAACGAGGACGAUUUGGGUCGUGGGGGACAUGAACUUAGCAAGGUUACAGGUAAUGCAGGCGGUCGCGUAGCAUGCGGUGUUAUAGGCGUAGCUCAAUAGAUCAUCCGGUGAUUUCUAUUUCUUCUGGCAUCACCAUCAUAUGACAGUAAUAUAUGAUUUCAUACACACUGAGAAAAUAAAGUUUCUUGUUUA